AUGUUCGCAAUGGGGCACGCAGUGGUACCCCAGACAGCGCUGUCGCCGCGAACUGCGGCCUCAAGGCCGACAUAUACUCACCGUGGAGAGUCUGGAAACGUCCCCGUAUCAUCGACCUCCCACCCAGAUAACCCCGUCCCAGAAGAACCUCGAGUCCGCUCGCUGUCGGUUACCACGACGAGUUUCGGCAGCCCCUCGCUUUCGUCCCAAGAAACAGAGAUCACAGAUUUCGAUUCACAAUCGCCCUCGACACCACCCACAGAACCCUCAGACCUGGAAGAUGAGAAACAAACAGAGGAUGGUUCAGGGCGUCGCCGGCGAGCCUCCACCGUUCUCAUUUCACAGGGCCCUGAUGAUAUGAGGCGCGUGCUGGAGAGCGUAGGAGCGGGAGGGACACAGAAGCUUCAGCCCAUGUGCUGCGGUGGUGGAUGCUGCCGCCUUCAACCGUUAAACCGAAUCGAGGGACCUAUUUCUCUGAUCAAUCCCGUCACGCCGCCAGACAACAAGGCGUUCCAGAGCUUGAAGCUGAACGUCGAUCUCCUCACACUAGACAGCCCACUAACCAACAUUGCCCCCUUGCCACCAAAGACAGUAUCCUUUUCGGCAAUUCCUGCCUCCGCGUUGGACACAAACUUUGGGCCCGCCGACCAUCCUCCUCCUUUUGUUAAACCUCACCCUCCAUACGACGUAUACCGAGCCCCCAUUUAUCAUGCACGGGAACUCACACAGCCCGGCGCCGAGAAAAGGACAUACCACUUUGAUAUUGAUGUAACGGAUUAUCCUGCGGAAAGUGGAAACGUUGACUUCGUCGUGGGCGGUGCGAUUGGCGUGUGCCCUAUGAAUAAAGAGGAAGAGGUAAACGAUGUUUUCAACGCGUUGGGUAUUCCCAAGGCCGUCCGUGACAAGAAGAUUCUUGUACGCACAUCCAGUGGCCGCUGGCCAACCAUCUGGGGCAAGGACGAAGCUCGGGAGUUGAUCACAACCCGACGAGAAUUGCUGAGCUGGUGCUCCGACAUUCAGAGUUAUGCCCCAACCAAGGGGUUGUUCCGGUUGCUCGCCGAGUACGCCAGCGACCCGAGCGAAAAGAAGAUCUUGAUGUUCCUCUCAGCUGCUCAGGGCCAAGGCGCCUUUUGCGAUCUCCGCACCAGCUCCCACAUCACUGUCGCCCAGUUACUCCACGCCUUCCCCUCCUCUCAACCUCCUCUAGAUCACCUCCUAUCUGCUCUCAACCAACUCAUGCCCCGCUUUUAUUCCCUCUCCCAAGACCCUCUUAUCUCGUGCAAGAGAAAAGGCACACAGUCUCGCCGCCUCGUUGAAAUCGCCGUGACAGUAGCCGAGUCUGACGACUGGAAGGGUGGGCACCGCACAGGUGUCGGAUCGGGCUACAUGGAGCGUCUUGCUCAGCGCGCCAUUCAGGCUCAAAACCAGGGCGGCGAGCCUGGAGACCUUGGUCUGCACGUUCCUAUGUUUCGAGGCCUGAUGGCGAACCCCCUCGCUAAGCGAUUUGCCUCGGACGGUCCCAUGCUGCUCAUUGGCGCUGGUGUUGGUAUCGCUCCAUUCCGUGGAUUCGUACAGCGCCGAUUGCAGUCUGCAAACUGUGCGAACAAGGUCUGGGUGUUGCAGGGAGUACGCGAUUCGUUGCUCGACGAGCUAUAUCGAGGCGAGUGGGGCGUGGAGGAGGACAAGGUGCGCAAGGUCGUUCAAAGCCGGCGCGGCGAGAGCAAAUACGUCCAGGAAGAAGUCCGCAACCAAGCGGAUCUAGUUUGGUUCGUAAUUAACUCUCUCGAUGGACGUGUGUUUGUCUGCGGAAGCGGCAAGGGCAUGGGCGAGGGCGUUGAAGCGGCGUUGGUGGACGUUGCGAUGGCCAAGGGGAACCUGAACAGAGAAGAAGCCGAGCUUUUCUGGGCAAACAAGAAGGAGGCUGGGCAGUAUAUCGCGGAAACGUGGUAA